AUGAAUUUUUGCCGCUGGGAAUUUGAGUUCUUCUACUUAGACAUUAGACGCUAUUAUUCCCCGAACGCCGCUUUCGUGGGCGUUGUAUUGAUUGCCAGAACUGGUUGCCGGUACUGGCUCAUCGGUUUCCUUAUUGAGAUAGAAGCCCGCCGCCUUCGUCUAGCUGCUGCAGUGCAUUUCAUGACGAUCGUGCAUGUGGUGAACAUUAAAAACGACAAAUUGAUGCGCUUCUAUAACCGCUUUGAGUGGGCGCCGGCAUCCUUGUACUUUGCGGUGGUCCAG